CGCAUAUAAACCCUAAAUUUUCCGGCAUUUUCUCAGAGAGGAAAACCUAGCUUCUGGAGGAUCGAAAGCAAGAUUAGGGCAUGGAGGACUUGGUUGUUGCCAUCCUAUGCAUGCUCCUCGUCUUCCUUCUCGUCCCCUUAUUGUGGUGGAGGCGACACCAGAUCUCUCGAUCCCCUGAUGAUCCGAUCCUCCGUGAACGCCAUGAUCCCCAGGUUGCGAGGGCUGAGGGAGUAGUUCGACGUGGUGGGGCUGGUCGUAUGCGUAGGCGCUCUGUUGCAAGUUCGUCUGUUGCUACAACCAGCGCACAAGAAACUGUUGUUGAGAGUGAUGAGGAGCCCCAUGUGGAUGAUUAUCUUGUUGAUAAGGAGCUAAGUAAAAAGGAAAAGAAAAGGCAAGAGCGCGAAGAACAGCGCCAGGCUGAAGAAGCAGCUCGGGAGAACAGGAGGUCAAAGCAGGACCGAUAUGAAGAAAGACGCAGGAAGAAGGAUGAAGAGCGGGAAGAGAAAGAGCGAUUGUUGGAAGAAGAAGCCCUGGCUCGGAAGGCCAAGGAGGAGGAAGCUGCUGCUUUGGAGUUUGAGAAAUGGAAAGGGGCAUUUUCUGUUGAUGCAGAAGGUACAACUGAAAAUGAAUUGCAAGAUGGAGCUCAUGGACUACUUGCAGAUUUUGUGGAAUACAUUAAGAAACAGAAAUGUGUUCCAUUAGAAGAGCUUGCUGCAGAAUUUAAGCUGCGAACUCAGGACUGCAUAAAUCGGAUAACAUCAUUGGAAGACAUGGGGAGAUUAUCAGGUGUAAUGGAUGAUCGUGGAAAAUACAUAUACAUUUCACCAGAGGAAAUGAAGGCGGUUGCAGACUACAUCAAACGUCAAGGAAGGGUUAGCAUUUCACAUUUAGCAAGUAAAUCCAAUCAAUUCAUUGAUCUUGAACAAAGAACUGAGUUUGACAGUGAGCAAAAUCCUGAUGCCAUAAAAGUUGCUUAGGCUUUCUUUGUUUUAUGUUUUCUUCUCUGAUUAAACACCUUGUUUUUUGUACACAACUUCUACAAACAAAAUGAAAGUCAUGUUAUAUCA